CUCAUCACUUUGUCUCUCUAGUGCCAGUCCUUUGCUCCAACCUCUUUACAAACAAAUUAUAGCUUAAUAGUUUUUCCUGAUCAUUUGGAGCGGGAGCCCCAAUUUAUGAGGAAAUACUUGGUAAAGUCCACCAUCAACUUUUUCUUGGAGUACAAAGGAGGAAGUUAUCUUUUUUUGGCUGCAUACACAAGUCCUUCAAAAACCCUGCUAUAGCUGGUCACAGCUUCUGAUUCAAAAUGUUAUUUACUCUAGGACUGCUUUUCCUUCUAACCUCACUUGCCUCCUCUGAAACCACAACCAGCGAGAAGAGAGAUGCCGCAGAGAGAAACACAACUAAAAUCCGUGAGGUUUUAAACUCUUCUAAACCAAAAAUCCCAGCUUUGGCUUUGACGCAAACCUUUCACCCCACCUUUAAACCAAACCCAGUAAAUCAGACCAUUUUCCCACUUCAGCCACUAAACUCAAAGUUCAACCAGUUAACACUACUAAGGCUGGCAAAAGUAGACCCAGACCUACAGAUGCUCCAUCAGUAGCAGCAAAAAAUCCUAAGACGAACAAAGCCGUGUCCAACAAUGGCAAGCAUUUAGCCAACCAGACUGUCUCAGAUGAGUUGACCCGUUAUGCUAAAGGUAGAAAAGGGAAGCUUAGUUCCAACGGAACGCCAAAUGUUCGGUCAACAUCCGUAAAGUCUCCUUUAGCCCGCAUUGCAAAACUGUCAACACACAAACCCCAAUCUGUCAAUCACACAGUCCCAACUGUAUCAAAUCAUAGGAAGUUAUCAGAGGGUGAAGCUGCUCAAAAUGCCUCAUCAUCAUCAGUUAAGUCUCAUUCAGUCCGCAUGGACAAAAUCAUCAAAAACAAACCGAAGCAAACAGUCAACCAUACAAUUUCAAAUGGACCUAUUUUAUCCAGUCAUAGCAAGACUGCCAAAAAUAAGACAAUUCCAAAUGUUCCUUCAGUAUCCAAAAAAUCUCCCUCAACUCACACUGCUAAAGCCGUCACACAUAGACCUCUGCCAUCACUCAAUCAAACAGAUGUGAAUGAGUCUCAUUCAUCCCAUAACAGCAAGACCAAAGAGGAGGAGUCUGCUCAAAAUGUUUCAUCAAAAGCCACAAAAUCUCCACUAGUACAUAUCACAAAACCUAUCAAAAACAAACCCCUGCAACCGACCAAUCACACAACAACUGUUGAAUCUGCCACGACCGGCCAUAGCAAGGCUGUCAAAAUGAGACAUUUCAAAAUGCGCCAUCAGCCUCCACUAGCUCUCCAUUAACAUCCUCUGGAAAAUCCACCAAAAACAAACCCCAGCAAUCAGACAAUCCCACAAUUUCCAACAAAUCUGGUCAUAGAAGGAAAACUGAAGGCCACUCUACUCAAACUAUUCAGUCCACAAAGACCAAUACUAUCGAUGGUCCAAAGAUAACCAAAGGCAUCAAUCAGACUGUUUCUACCAUUCCCCUGGUCAAUGCCACAAAGCCUCCAAUAAAAGAUGGAAAAGGUUUAAAAGUAGCAACAUUAAACAAGACUUCCAUUGAGGUCCCCAACAAAAAACAGCCAACUGCUUCACAGCCAGUAACAGUGGUCAUCUGUAAUGGCUGUGACUCAAACAACAAGGAUCAAGAAGUGAAGCUGUCACCUGGCAAUCCUCUGGUGGUGACUCAUAAGAUAAGCUUGCAGCCGGGGGGCUGCCCUGAUGGACAUGAGGUCAAGUUGGAUGCCCUGAAAGAUUGAGUAGCCCGGCUAGAAAAGGAGAUGUCCUUUCUAAAAGAACAAUGCCCAUGUUCUACUAAAUGUCCAAAUGGCUGUAGUGAAAAAGGGAAGGUGUGAAAAGGGAAGCUGUAUCUGCCAGCAGGGGUUCAUGGGUGCAGACUGCAGUAAGUGCAAACAAGGGGCAGAUUGUAAUACAAAAAAUGAGACUACAGCAAAAACCAAAAAACAGCAAGGAGGCACUUCUGAAAAGCAAAAAAUUGUCCCAAAAUUUAAUGACCAAGAAAGCCCUGCAAAAACGUACCCUAAAUCUGACCACCCAAAAGACGAGCCUCAGGGAAAUGAGAUCCAUCACAACGAAAAGACGUCUAUUCCACCUGAAAAGAAGAACGCUACAAAUGCAACCACUCUUGCAGCAUCAGACAAAGUCAUCUUGAACAAAGCAACCAUUAAUGAGACCAGGAGGACAGGAGGAUUAGGGUCAGUGAAGGUGGCAAACAUCUCCUCACACAGCCUCACUGUCAAAUGGUUAGCGCCACAAGAGAUGUUCAAAAAGUUUUCAGUGACCAAACGAGAGCUACUGUCGGAUGGCGACAAAAAGGAACCCCUGAGAGUCGAGGAACAGGACAAAAGCUCGACUGCGGGCAACACCACUAUGGUGGAAAAUGAAAGUACAACUGCAUCCUCUGGAAAAGCUGCUGGAUCAGAAACUGAAGCUAAGAGGACCUCUGUGGUGGUCCCAGGCCACGCACGCUCUGUGGAGAUCACCAAUCUUCAGGCAAACACACGCUAUGUCCUGCAAGUUUAUGGCAUGGCAGGAAGCAGAAGAUCAAGAACCCACCGAGUGACAGCAACUACAGGCCCUGAGCCUCCAACACAGAUGGUUUUCAGUAAUGUCACUGAAUCAUCUGUUGGUGUUUCCUGGGUCAAACCAAAGACAACAUUUACAGGCUUCCGAGUUACGUACAUCAACAUUGUGUCAGGGGAAAGUCGAUUUGUGUCACUGGGAUCCAAACAGUCUCAUGUUGUCUUGUCUAAGUUGUCUCCGGGAACUUCUUACAUGAUUAGCAUCACUGCGACCAACGACGCAGCCCAGAGUGAUGAUCUCACAUCCAUUGUAACCACUGUCCCCGCCCCUCCAAAACAUCUUCAAGUCACGUGACACAUAAUAGAGCUUUGCUACGGUGGACUCCCAGUCUUGGGAAAGUUGACCGCUUCAUUAUCAGCUCUGAGUCCUCCAAGAAUUGACAUCUCUGAGGCUGGAUACGUGGAUGAUGGCUGUUCAGCCACAGAACACUACCUGAAGAUUUUGAGAGUAUUAAGAAAACCUACUGACUGACUUCAUUUAUGGAUGCAGAUAGAGGACAUUUACAUUCUUUAAUUAAAGUGUACUUUUCAAUAGGGUUAAACCAUAGAGAAAUACUGCUUUCACUCAGCGCUGUUGAUGGAAUUAUAAUCAGCCUUCGGACUCUUCGAAGAAUCUUGUCAACACUGAGACUUCACAGAAGAAAAAACCAAAGUGACAUUCUUGACAUUGCAUUAUUUCUUAUUGGACAACUGCAGACUUAUGGUCAACUUAAUGGAUACAAACUGCAACAUCUUAGAUGUAUACAGGAGGGAUUUGUUGUCACCCAGAACACAGUGAGACAGUUAAUCAAAAUUCUUGAUCCCAGAGGUGUUGAGUUGAGACAACGUAAUCGUCUCCGUCGUCGACUGUAUUGUAAUCCAGGACCAAACUUUAUUUGGCAUGUGGACUCUUAUGACAAACUGAAACCAUAUGGAAUUUGUCUGAAUGGGGCUGUGGAUGGGUUUUCCAGAAUGCUUAUCUGGCUUCAUGCAUACUCUACAAACAGUAAUCCUAAAAUUAUUGCUGGAUAUUUCAUUUCAGAAGUUGAGAAAAGAGGUGGUACUGCAGCCAGAGUUCGUACAGACAUGGGGACAGAGAACGGUACAAUGGAAGACAUUCAAAGAUUUUUACGCCUUGAUCAUGAUGACAGCUAUGCCAGAAAUUGCUUCAUUUUAGGAUCCAGCACCCACAAUCAGCAAAUAGAGAGCUGGUGGGCUUUCAUAAGGAAACACCAUGCACAGUACUGGAUUAACGUUUUUCAAAAACUGAAGGAUUCAGAUGAUUUCACUGGGGACUUCUUGGACAAGCAGCUGAUUCUUUUCACCUGUUUGAAGAUCAUUGAGGUGUGUGCAUGUAUUUGAGAGAGAAAAUAAUAUAUGAUAAGGAUAUGCUUUUAAAUAAGGGAUAUGUAGUGUAUAAACAUGUUUGUUUUUGCUUGCCUUUCUGGAAGAGCUUCAAAAUGUUGUUAUUUUAUGGAACACUCACAUCAUUCGUCAGAGCAGAAAUGUGAUUGCUCCAAGUGGCAGACCAUGCAUGAUGUAUACCCUCCCGCAGCUUUUUGGUGGACAAGAUUAUUUGAAGCAAGUUUCCGAGCAAGCAGGGGCAACUUGCAAAGCACAUUGUCUUCAGAGAGGACCAUACACAUGUGAUGAAACAGUCUUCUCACUAUCCUGCCUCCUGAUGACAGAAAACUUUCUUCAUGCACCGACCACACCAAAUGAAGCAAUUGAACUGUAUCUAUUUUUAAGAGCUUCCAUACGUUCAAACCUGUCAGCCGUGUAACACUGGUUCAAAUCAACAGUUUCCUGCUUUCUUUACAAUCAACUUCUAUGUACUCAUAAUUGGUGUCAUAUUGUCAUUUAAUGCACCUUCAUAUAUUUUGUUUGAAGAACUUUGAAACUUUUUGCUGUUGUGUAUGACUGAAAAAAUGCUAUGACAUAAGAGUAGUGGAAUGUUAGUAAGAUAUGGAUCUAGGUUUACUCAGUUUUCUCAUAAAUGUGUAAGAUAUUUAGAUAUUUAAAUUCUACAUAAUAUACAUUUAAGUGUACAUGUUGGAGAACAAUUUUGAAAAUGUCAUUAAAAUUGUUAAAUCUAUCAUACAGUACACAACCUAUUCAAAUUUGGUCCAAUUUAUAAACCACACCCCACCUCAGUAAAUACAUAAAAUAUACUUUUCAUUAUGUCUAACACCAAAACUCUCCUUAAAGUUCUCUGUAUCUGGUGACUCAGGUCAGUUUUAAACUGAUAACUAAUCUGGAAAUGCAGUUAUGAUAAAAAGUUGAAAUAUCAAGGACUCAUGUUGAAUGCGUAAUGUUUUAAUCAUCACAAAAUAAACAAUUUUGGUGAUCAAACCAACAAUUUUGUUCUUUUCCUCAUAACAUUCAGAAAUGUUGCUACAUGUGCUUGACAUGGUAAACAAAAUGUUAAUUUAACAAGUGCUCUGAAAUGUCCUAUUGGGAGGAGGUUCUCUCCAUCCAAGUGCAAAACUGUAGAGCAGAUAUGUUUUAAAUCUGAAAAACCAAAUCUCAAAAGUGAACAUGAGAAACUUCACAUACAUUAAAAACGAGGACAAAAAUAAAUACAUUUGUUGUGAACCAGGACAUCAUUGUGCUUAAUGCACAUCAAACCAGAAAGGAAUAUAACAUAUAAUACUGCCCUGUAAAAAGAAAAAAAGAUAUGUAGAUGCAUUCUUCAAGCUUAACCUGCUUAACUUUGAAAAUCUUUUUAUGAACAGUGUUAAUGUUACCUCAAAUGCUUGUCUUUCACAGUAUUCUUUUAACCAGUCUUCCUUCUCAAUAAGUGAUUCUUUUCCAUUAGCAUCAAUAAGAAAAACUGUUGAAUAUGAAUUUUACAGUGGUACAUCGCAUUUGAACAUUCUCCUGAUAUUGUCUCUAUUCUUAAGUCAAAUAAAAAAAACUUCUUUUGGAAUAUGUUAAAUAGUAAUAACCAAAACGUUACCAAAACACUUUAGAGUUAUUUGUGCACAUUUGUGUUAUUUCUGUAAAACAUUUCAACAUAAAAAAAGAGAUUUCAACAGGCACCGUAUUUUUAAUACUACGCAAUGUUCAUAACAUAGCAGCUGUUGCUGCUCAGUAUAUUGUCGAGCUCCACACGCAGCUCUGGGAAGGACAAGUAUGUCCAAGGUAGCUCCAGAACUGGACCACAUGUAUGUGCUACUAGCCGCCGUACUUCAUCUAAGGAUGUGAAGAGAACUUCAGUUUUAGUAACACAAAGCACAUCUGAGCCAGCUGUAAAUCACAGAAACCUUCUGAGACCUGCCUGAUCCAGUCCUCUGAUGUACUGCUGUAAGUACCUCAGACUCUGGCUCUCAGCUUGUGUGGUAGGAUUAGCAUCUAAUAAUUUUAGAACCUUUCUUGCUGUAGGUUUCAUGUUUUCAUACAUUUCUUGAAUUUUUAGUUGGCUCUUGAAGACAUGUGCAAAUGUUGUUCUUGCAACUUCUGACAUUUUAUCAAGAGCAUAUUUUGGCUGUUGAAUGAUCAGAUUAUGUGCAACAUUUAAAAGCAUAGCUUUCAAGUUUUCUCUUGUUGGGAUAAAUUUAGCACCCACACGAUCUAAUAAAACAUGCUCCUCAUGCUCUUCACCAAGAAGAUCCUCCAGCAAAGCCUUGUUCACAAGAUCUCUCUCCUCUGGACUGAUGUAAAAGAGGAGUGACUCAAAUAGCAAGUCAGGUGACACCAAGUGCUCACCAAAAACCAGCGCCACUGUGAAAGCUGGUGCAAGGCGGCUAGGGAAAUAGCCAUGGUCUAGGAACCCCUUAACCAGGAUUCAUCCAACAGAUUUCCAUUCUUCCUCCUGCCACUUUAGGGAAAGUAAUGGAACUCUCAUGUCUUGCCCUUCAGCAGCACUGUCUAAAAACUCUGUCCAGAAAGCAGAAUAGACAUCUCUAGAAACUCCAUCUGCAUCUAUCUCAUCGAUAAAACUAAAUUUCAAAGGGCAGGUGAGCAAGCUGGGAUCUUUGAACUGUGUUAUCAGUUCAUCCAUAAGCAUUGUCGUGUGAAGUUUAAUGUUAACAUUAAUCGUGUCAUAUCCGGACAGCUCAGUAUUACUGUGUACUUCAUUAUCUGAUGAACUCAUACUAGGUAUGUGGGACACAGAGGUGGAUGAAGGCUGCUCAGUAACACUGGAUGUAGAUGGCACAUCACUGGUUGUGAUAUUGCUUGGACUUGCCAGCUCAAGGGCAGAAGAAGGAAUAAGAAGAACUCCAGAGUCUCCUUCAUAACUUGACAAAAUAGACACAGCAGAUGGUGGGAGCAUAAGAGCAGGUCCAGGCUCUUCAGUGGAGGUAGCUGUCGAUGGUGUAGAGUUGUUUGAGACAAACUGGUUCACAGAACUUAAGUUCAGGGUGGCUGAAGGAAGAUUAAAACUCACAGAUUCCCCUUCAUCACUUGAUGAAAUGGACAGAGUGUCUUCCAGUUGCCAUGCCAGAGGUUCACCGGUGUGAGGACCUAUCAGGACCUCUGAGAAGUUAGAUGAAUAUGAGGAGCUGUUUUCAUCCUCUGGCUCAUCGUGGUCCAUGUCGUCAUCUGGAAUACUGAUUUCUGUGAUUCUAGAUUCCUUCCGUUCUCUUGUGCAAAGAUAAAAUCUUAACGUUCCCAUUUUUAGCAGGGAAUAAAGUUCUCCUACUGUGGUGUUUUCAUCUAAUACUGCAUCCUCUUGAUAAUCUAAAAUAUCAAAAGUAAAAUUCUCCAGUUGUCCCUUUUUAGAUCUUCCAUUUGGAAAAAAUAGUUCCUUUGCAAUGCUUAAAAUGUCAGCCUUUUUUGCUUCCUUUGACAAAUCUAUUCUCCUUGUUCCACCUCCAUUUUUCUUGCGUAGCUACUUUCCUUCGUGUAUCCAUCCUAACUCAACCUUUCUGGUCUUUCUCACAGCCAGCUUGUUGUUCUUCAAAUAUGCCCUUGGAUGUGUUUGAGUUGUAUCAUGUUCCCCAUGGUCAGGGCCUUCUGAUUGUGUGUCAAAUCCCAUCUUUCUUUUUAGUUUUUGAAGCAAUGACUGCCGUUGUGCAUCUCUCUCACCUUUCUUUUUAUAUUCAGAGCAAAACCUUCGUGUGGCAAUCCUGUCACCGUAGAUUGGAACGUAGGUGGCCAAGCUGUCAUCAUCCAUGCUU